GCCACGCCUCGGCCACGAAGCUGCCCAUGUCCCCCGCGGCCGCCCCCCCUCCUCGCCCUCGGCCCUUCGGCCCCCUGCAGCCAGCCCACGCCACUCGCUUGCCACCUGACGCCAUGGCUCCUGCGUUUAGGUCAAACUGCCCUCGUGCCGGCGCCGGCGGGUUGCGCUCUGGCGUCUUCUGCGCCAGCCGCCUCGAGCGGCACAGCUGACAAUAAAAAGGCGAGCGGCUUGCGUCACAUUUUUGCCCCACUUGUCCUCCCCACAUCGCACACCAAUUUAUCACAACCACAACAGAAUGACCAAGAUCCAGCUCACUGCCGACCAGCUCGCCGCCGUCGGCCCCCUCGCGCACGAGGGUGGCGUCGCCCCAACUAUCACCCUCACCAGCGACCAGCUCGCUACCGUCGGCCCUUCGGCGACGGAAGCCGCGGCCGAGAAGGCCAAGGCCGGCGGCCCCUCCGUCACCUUGACGGCUGACCAGCUCGCUGGGGCCGAGUACGACCCCGCUGCUGCCUCUGCCAACCGCUCGCGCCGCGGCUCGUUCAACCCCCUUUCGCGCAAGUCGUCGCGCGAGCCCACCCCCGCCCCUGCUGCCGCUGCUACUGGCCCCAAGACCUUGACUGCCGACCAGCUUGCUGGUGCCGAGUUUGACUACGAGGCCGCGACUGAGCGCUCGCGCCGCGGCUCGCAGAAGGGCCUGUCCCUCUCGCGCACGGCGUCGCGCGAGCCUGCUGCUGCCACCAGCGCCCUCGCGGGCAAGACGCGCACGGUCACCCUCACCCCCGCCCAGGUCGCUGCCGCCAACGAGCACGGUCACGCUACCCUCACUGCCGACCAGCUGGCCGCUGUUGGCACCAUGACCCCUGCCCCUGGCUCGCGCCGCCAGUCGUUCGCCGCCGUCUCGCUCUCGCGCAAGUCGUCGCGUGACCCCGCCCAGGCCGCCCGUGGCCCCAUCACUGCCGAGCAGCUCGCCAACGCCGGCUCGUUCGAGGACAACCUCCAGAGCCUGAUUGACAUGGGCUUCCCCGCCCGUGCUGCCAAGAUCCAGCUCAAGCGCAGCGACAACAACCCCACCGACGCCGCCGAGCACCUCGUUCACGUCGCCCACCGCCCCGACACUGGUGCCGGUGGUGACCCUUGGGGACACCCCGACUGCCCCGUUUGCGUUCGCCACACCCAGCAGGCGAACGCUGCCGAGAACCUCCACGACUACAAGCUUGAGCACGGCAAGGGUGUCGGAAACGCCAUCCACUCGGGUGCCCACGCUGUCGGCGAUGCCCUCACCAACGCCGUCCGCAAGCUCGGUAUCGGCAAGGGUGACAAGGAGGAGUCCUCGAGCGACGCCCGCCGCGGUUCGAUCGGCGCCAUGCUCCGCCGUCCUUCGAUCAAGAAGGGCCUUGAGAAGUACGACAAGGAGAUUGCAUGAGCGCGAGGUGUUAGGGGUUGUCAGAGGAGUUUAGUUUAGUAUAACAUGAUACGCUGUUGACAUGAAUUAAUAUGAUCAUGA